AUCCCAAGCCAGGGAGAAGCAACAAACUCAGACAACCUGAGACCCUUCACAGCUCACCAUGCUUUGCUUUCUUCUAUUAACACUGUCCAUUGUGGCGGCGGCGGACCGUGUUCCCCGCCGCUGCAGCGCCUGCGACCCGAGUCAGUGUGAGCCACUGCCGGCCGAGGGCUGCUCAUCCGGGCUGCUGCUGGACGCGUGCGGCUGCUGCUCUGUCUGCGCGUCUGGAGCGGGAGAGCCGUGCGGGGGACGCGGAGCCACAUUCAAACGCUGCGCGUCCGGACUCGAGUGCGUCAAGAGCGACAAAGACAAGAAGAGUAAACUCGGGGUCUGUGUGUGCAAGAGCAACUACCCGGUGUGCGGUUCAGACGGUGUCAACUAUAAAACCGGUUGUGAUUUGAAAGCAGUGAGCGAGAAAAAACCCGAGAUUAAGAUUCUGAACAAGGGCAAAUGCGCACAAGAACCUGUUAUAGUCACAGGUCCUGGAGAGAUCUGGAAUGUGACUGGUACACAGGUCUUCCUAAGCUGUGAAGCCACCGGGAUACCAACACCUGUGCUCACCUGGAGGAAGGUGUCCGAUGGCAAGGGAAAAAGUGUGCCACUCCCUGGGGACAAAGACAACCUGGCUGUACAGACCCGUGGGGGCCCGGAAAAGCACGAGGUUACUGGCUGGGUGCUAAUAUCUCCUCUUACCAAGGACGAGGCCGGUUCCUACGAAUGCCACGCCAGCAACAUUAAGGGCGAAGCAUCGGCUGUGGGCACCAUCCACGUGGUGGAUUCCAUCAAUGACAUUCCAUCAAAGAAGGUCACAAAGGAUGAUGUGCUGUAAGAGGUUUCUGGUGGAGAGUCCUGCUGUAUCAGAAGAUUAAGGAAAAACACAAUUCCUCAUUGCUGUACACCUGCACAUAGGGAAAAGCACGUAACAUUUUGUGUAAUCACUGCUCACACACACACAAACUGCCUGAGCCAUUAAAGGAACACACAUGGGCACUUUAUUCUACAGAAGUUUUUCAGCCACACUCAAAACAACCACACCCAAACAUUUCCAUUGCUUUAUUCAUAUUGUUACCUAACUCAAUAAUCUGUCUGCCCGCAGAGCAACUUAUAUUUGUAAAUAUAAGAUACUGUAAAGUGCAAAUCAGGAUCCCAAUCAAGAUUUGAUUUCACAGAGAGGCACGCACAAAUUCACAUGAACCCAUAUCUUCAUACAUUCAGGCCUUAAGACUAUUGGGUCUAAAUGUAGAGGAAUUACUCAAGUGAAAACAAGCCAAAGAAAAAAAAAGACAUGCAGCUGCCUACUUUAGCAUGACCCACAUUUUUAAGCUCAUGACAUUACAAUGAAAGAAUUUAAAGCUCUUUUGUAAUUGCUGUAGAAAUAUAUAUAGACUUCCUUCCCAUUGCUUCUUACAUUAGACUGUAAUUUUGUCCUCUUAAUGUGUAAACAUCUAAUGCAUUUGUUUAAAUGUUUGAUAUUUGUAUAUCACUAAUGAAUAAAGAUGUACUUUUGUGAGGUA